CAGCGUCCGCUUCGCGAAUCGCGGUAUGCGUCCCAGCUUUUGCGGACAGCUUCCCGUCACAUGCCUCCGACGCCCGAACGUAUAUUAGGUUGCCUGGCUGACCGCGAACGCAUUCCCCCCUUCCCCCCUCCCGAGACUAAACACCAUGGCACCUUCCUUUGUGGCGGUAGCAGCAACCCGACUGGGCGUAGGCCUCAUCUACGCCAUCGCGAAUGUUAUCCUACCAAUCCGGCUACUCAUCUGGGAUCUCGCCCUAACUCUGUACAACGCGUUCGCACCACUUCUGCCCGAAAACAAAGUCGUACCAGAAGGACGGCCGGGCGCGAACGGCCUGUGGCCACAGUACAUCCCUCCUUCAGAGACAGACAGCCGGAGUUGCUGUCCCAUGCUGAACGCGAUGGCAAACCACGGCAUUUUCCCGCGAGACGGGCGCAACAUCACCUUCCGCGACAUGAACACAAAAGUCCGCGAGACGUUCAACUUCGCACCGACCUUCUGCUUCUUCGUCCCGCACUACGCCGCGGACAUGCUCAACCGUAAUUACUGGACGGACAAGUUCGACCUCAGCGACCUCAACGCGCACAACUGCAUCGAGCACGACGCGUCCCUCUGUAGGGUGGACACCUUCCACAACCCCGACCAGUCAAAACCCGCACGUCGCCUGAUCGAGGAGUUCCUCGCAAGCGGGACAGGACCGAACGGCGACAUCACCACGAGCGAUCUCUCGCGCAUGCUCGGUAAGCGGCGCGCCGAGUCCAAGGCGAAGAACAACCAAUACGGCCAGACGACGUUCCACAAGCUCUUCGGUGCCUCCAAGUGCGUUUACCUGCCCGACUCUCCUGCAUUCGUGCUCACGUGCUACAGCGGCUCGACCUUGCUCACGAUUUGCGGCGGUCGUACGAAAGAUCUGCGACCCAUGCUCCUCGAGGAGCGCAUCCCCGACGAGUGGCAGCCCCGCAUCCGCAACCCGGGCGGCCUCACGAUGGCCACCUUCCAAACCACCGUGAUCAAGGUCGAGCUCGGUAUCAAGGAGGAGGUCGAGGAUACCCUGAGGCUCCUACGUAUGGGCGGCAUCGGCGACGACGCCAAGAACCAGUGAACGCUUGUAGUCACCAUCGCAUUGCAGCAUAGCGUAUGCCUUGCUGAUGUAUUUAGGAUACAAAUCGAGCUUGAGCCAUUAAAUAGAUCAGCGACGAUGUCCUUGUACAGUGCGAAUAAUAACACUAUCAACAUGACCGCAAACCUGGGA